UUUAACUUUGGAGUCGAGUCAACUAUCGUUACAAGUCGAUAACCGCGUGAAAGAAUAGUAUCUUCGUCUCUGUUCUUGAUCUUUGUUUUCACAAACGGUAAGAUUCACGUCGGAGACUUGAAGAAAAGCGGAAGCCAAUCAAGGUUAUGGACUGUGACGGCAAAGAAGUUGCUUUCAAGUUGUCAGAAAAUUGUGUUCUCAAGAUUGUUCAAGGCGACAUUACCCAGUGGUCCGUCGAUGGCUCGUCAGAUGCUAUUGUUAAUCCAGCAAAUAAGCGUAUGCUAGGUGGUAACGGUGCAGAUGGAGCCAUUCAUGCUGCUGCUGGGCCACAGUUGAGAGCAGCAUGUUAUGAAGUUCGAGAAGUUUUUCCCGGAGUCCGGUGUCCCACCGGAGAAGCAAGAAUCACACCAGGUUUCAACUUGCCUGCAUCUCAUGUGGUUCACACUGUUGGACCAGUGUAUAAUGCUAAGAAGAAUCCUAAGAAACUAUUAGAAAGUGCCUACAGGAACAGUCUAAGAGUGGCUAAGGAGAACAAUAUCCAGUACAUUGCAUUUACUGCAAUAUCUUGUGGUAGUUUCAGGUAUCCAUUGGAUGAAGCUGCUUCUAUAGCUAUCUCCACCGUUAAGGAGUUCGGUAAAGAUUUUAAAGAGGUGCAUUUUGUUCUGUUCAGCGACGAUACAUACACGACGUGGGUGAACACGGCGAAAGAGUUGCCACAUUCGCCACAAGACAUAAUAUUAUCCUCCCCGUCGACGAGGACAACCAAAAGUGGAUUCUUCAGUAAACUCAACUGUUUUUCCUAAAUGUUAAAGACCGUCUCAUCUCACCAUGUAGAAAAAUUUGUAUCCGUCUCGUGA